GUGAACCCCUCCACAGCUCGUGUCCGCUCCCUCCCUCUCCUCGCUCUACGCCAGCUGUACGUCAGAGCUGACAUGACGACCGAGACCCCUCAGCAGCAGCUGGACCCUCCGCCUUCUCUGAGAUCCAGCCCGGCGUCCGGCGUCCUGCACCCCGCCAUGCUCAGCUCGCAGGCCGCCUCAGAAACUUCGUCCUCGGGCGUGAAAGGGAAAAAGGCGAGUUCGGGUUUGAGGCGGCCGGAAAAGCCUCCCUACUCCUACAUCGCUCUCAUCGUCAUGGCGAUCCAGAGCUCCCCCACCAAACGGCUGACCCUCAGCGAGAUCUACCAGUUCCUGCAGGCUCGCUUCCCGUUCUUCAGGGGUUCAUAUCAGGGCUGGAAGAACUCGGUCCGGCACAAUCUCUCGCUCAACGAGUGCUUCAUCAAGCUGCCCAAAGGGCUGGGCAGGCCGGGGAAGGGCCACUACUGGACCAUCGACCCGGGCAGUGAGUUCAUGUUCGAGGAGGGCUCGUUUCGACGCAGACCCAGAGGCUUCAGAAGAAAAUGCCAAGCUCUGAAGCCCAUGUACCGGAUGAUGAACGGCAUCGGCUUCGGAACCUCCAUCCUCCCGCAGAGCUUUGACUUUCAGCCUCCGUCCAGCCUCGCCUGUCACGGGAACAGCUACAACUUGGACAUGAUGAGCAACUCCAUGGCUGGGGGGUACGAGAGCCUGAGCGGCGGCCACCACGUCCCUCACAUGUCCCCGAGCCCCGGCUCCACGUACAUGGCGAGCUGCCCCGUCCCCCCGAGCGGAGAGUACGGGCCGGACAGCAGCAGCAGCCCGGUUCCGUCCUCUCCGGCCAUGGCCAGCGCGCUGGACGGACACUCCCCGUACGCCAGCACAUCGGCGCACUGGGCGUCCUCCGGCGGGCCCCCCUACAUCAAACAGCAGCCUCUGGCCUCCAGCAGCGCGGCCUCCUCGGGUUUACACUCCGGGGUGUCUCAUUAUUCUCUGGAGCAGAGCUACCUCCAUCAGAACGGCAGGGACAGCCACUCCAGCGACAUCUCAGUGGGGAUCCCGCGCUAUCAGAGCCACUCGUCCGUGUGCGACAGGAAGGACUUUGUGUUGAACUUUAACGGCAUCUCGUCCUUCCACCCGUCGGCCGGCGGCUCCUACUACCACCCCCACCACCACCACCCGCACCACCACCCGCAGAGCGUGUGUCAGGACAUCAAACCGUGCGUCAUGUGA